AUGUUUCGACAGGUGUUGCUAUUGACGGUAAUGAUGCCUGUAAUGGCAUUUGCAGGUGGUGACGAGUACUUUACUGGUGAUGGCACUUCGUAUACUCUUGGAAAUGUGUCGGCUGGCAAUUGCAAUUUCAUGUACGAUCCAGGGGUUGGUGAAAAUUACGCGGCAUUGAACGAUGAACAAUGGGAGUCGACACGAAAUUGUGGACGGUGUGCUGAAGUCUCGUGUGAUGACUCUCGUUGCAGUGAUACGACCAGUACGGUCAUAGUCUACAUCGUGGAUAGGUGUCCAGAGUGCGUCAAAGGUGACUUGGAUUUGUCUCCGACAGUGUUUAAACAGCUUACAGGCAGAACCCCAGAUCGAUACCGUAUGAAGUGGAAAUUUGCUGAAUGUCCCGUGACUGGCAAUAUCGAGUACUGCACUAAAACUGGUAGCAGUAGCUCGUGGCUUGCUGUUCAGCCUGCUAACUUUGCCAGUGGUGUAGCAAGUAUGAAGAUCGGCAACCAGGACGUGACCAUGGUAGAUUCGUGUUACUAUUUUCUACUAAACGCCGGAAUGAACAUCAAUAUGGCGGCAGUGGACAUUGAAAUCACGUCGGUCUCGGGUGAGGUCAUCACCGAGACCUUGCCGCUUUCAGCCGAUAAUUGCACUUGUGGAACGUCUAAUUUUGGAUCAAGCGGCGGCUACAGCUCUUCGUUUCAGAUUACUUCGACUAUUGAGUCAGCUCCAGCCCCAGCGCUGUUGUCACCUGUACCUGCGCUGCCUUCCGACACAAUGGUCACAUCUACGGUCACAACUCCUCCCGCGACGUUGCCAGCAACACCGCCGAAAAGUGUGACGGAGCCUUCAUACACAAUUGGUACGCCUGCGGUCAUGGCUCCUCCUGCGACGUUGCCAUUAGAAACCCCGACAAGUUCGACGGCGUUUGCUCCACCGUACACUCCUACUGAUGCCAGUUCAUUACAGUAUCAGUAUCAGUCUCAAACGCAAUUGCAGGGUCAAAGUGAAGUGACCGAUUCUUUUACUUCGCUAAAGACGGGUUUACAGAGUAGUGGCGGUAAAUACGAGGCAGGAAAUGUGAUUGCACCCAAUGAGUUGGGACGUGAUAUGAAUAUCUUGCAGUCCAACGAGACUGGUGUCGAGACGGCGCACAAUGUUCAGCAACAGGAUGAAUCAGACUGUACCAAGAAGCCUGGUAAAUUGGAUAUCGAGCACGCGAACACCAGAUCGAGCUCUAGCGACCGAGGCACGAGUCCGGUUGUUGUCGCACUCAUCGUAUUGGCAGUUGUGGGCGGAAUUACUUUGGCCGGCGUUGCCUAUGUUGUUCAAAAGAAAAAAUUGACCGAGAAGCAGAUUGAUCAAGAUGUGGCCAUGAUGCGAUCGUUUGAUAAUUUCAGUUCACCAGUGCGUUUUGACGAGACUAUCGCCAAGAUUUGA